UCGAAUCGAACGUUCCUACACGCAGAGAACAUCGCGGCGGCCAAUCAGCGAUCGGCGAAAGCGUGUAAUCGAACGUUGAGACACCUCCGGCAUCCCCCCCACCUCGUUUCUCGCCACAUGCUCCUCCCCCGGACGCUGUUGUUUGUGGUGUAGCUGCCGAGGAGCUACGAGAGGGGUGGGGGGGGAGAGAGACCGCGAUAUCAACAUACCCUGGCAGGCGCCGAUUGAAGCAAGCGGGGAGGCCGAGAGGCGACUUGGCUUGAACCCGGCGACGGCGACCAGCUCCAGGCUUCACAUACAGAGAAGCCGCUGGCUGAAUCGGGGAGGAAGAGGAGAAGGAGAAGGAUCCUUCGUAGAUUUUUCCCUCACCCAAGCACAUACUAACGCCGCCGCUACCACCACCACAGGCAGUGUGUUCCGCUUGCUGCCUCUUGUACGUGUUGUGGUUUCGCUUCUCUCGCCAUGUCGGUGAAUAUGGAGGAGCUCCGGCAUCAAGUCAUGAUCAACCAGUUCGUGCUGGCUGCGGGCUGUGCGGCGGAUCAAGCGAAGCAGCUGCUACAAGCGGCACACUGGCAGUUCGAGACAGCACUGAGUGCUUUUUUUCAAGAAACCAACAUUCCCAACACCCAUCACCACCAUCAAAUGAUGUGUACACCCAGCAAUACUCCAGCCACACCGCCCAACUUCCCAGACGCUCUUGCUAUGUUUUCCAAGCUGCGGACUUCAGAGAAUCUCCAGAGCAGCAACAGCCCUAUCACAUCCAUGGCCUGUUCUCCACCUGGUAGCUUCAGUCCAUUCUGGGCUUCUUCACCUCCCAACCACCAGCCUACCUGGAUCCCUCCUUCAUCACCCACCAGUCACAACCUCCACCAUCACCUCCACCAUCAGCAGCCCAUGUGGCCUCCUGUGUCUCAGCAAGGCCCUCCCCAGCAGAAAGCCAUGACGGCAAUGGAUGGCCAGAGAUAAGACUUGAUGUUUUUGGAAUAGGGGAAGAAGCUGGGGGGCAGCAGGGUAUGGCAAAUCCAGGGGGCACGGGGAAUGGGGUGGGGGAUUUUUUUUUCCCUGAAGUUCGCACUGGAAUAUUUUAUAGUGUUUUUUUUAAACAACACUGAUGACCUGUCAUCAGUCAUCCCUGUUGACCUUUUUUCUUUUUCCUUCUUCUCCCCCCACCCCAUCCACUCUUCAGGAGAGUUAAUAACUUGUCUUUUCUCUUUUUUUAAAAGAAAAAAAUAUAUAUAACUAUAAUAUAUAAAUAUAUCUAAUGUAUAUAUGUCACAAAUGAAAGCAACAGAAUUGCAAAGAUCCAGGUGGCACUCUGAGAACACUGCUUUGGAAGAAGGGUGGCCACAUUGGUUUUGGGGGACAGAAGUCCCUUGAACAUGUUUGUGUGUGAGGGAGGUUGGAAGGGUUAAGAAGGACUUGGAAGCUGGCUCUCUUGUGUUUUUGUUGCUCUCCUCUUGCUUUUCCCUUGGUUCCCAGUGGUGGGGAGACACCUGUAGCAGCUGAGAUGGUUGAAGGGCCUUGGGAAACCUCUCCGAGAGAAACCGCAGGCCUCAAAUUGCGGUUGCCUCUGUGUGUGUGUGUGUGUGUGUGUGUGUGUGUGUGUCUGUGUGUAGGCAUGGGAGUGAUGCGGGAAGCAGUUCCUGCUGGAACACUGGUGCUUCAGAGAACCUACUAGACGGGUGCGACCUACUGAAGGAAUCCAGCUGUAACGCCUCGGCCUGUGUUGUGUCUUGCGAUGGAGAUGGGGGACUUCUUUUCCCCACAUCUGGAUUUGCUCCACACAGCUUUCCUGUAGGCCAAAGGAGGAGCUUGGGAAGAAAUAAUGGAGUCGUGCAAACUUCCUCCACUGUUAGAAAUAUUGCCGGGGCUCCCCUCUUUGAGUACCAUGUUGAUUUCUGCCUACAAUUUUUGUACAUGCAAAGGAGUAUGUACCUUGCACUGCCAUUCUGGGGAGAAGCCCAUGCAUACAUAGGCACUCCAGCAAAACCAUAUGGACAGCCAGCUCUUCUUGCCUGUGUGUGUGCAACCUGGUUUUGUUUUUGUUUUAACUGGGGAUGCUCUCACUUGGGUUUAUGCCCAUCUCCCCACGUUCGGCCUCUUGAAACUUUCAUGAUGUCUACAGCAAGUGUGCCCCAAGUAGCUGAAACUAAUUAUGUGUUGUACCUUAUCACAGACUUAAACAUUUCUUCUCGCCCUGCCUCUCCCCUGAUCUGGGGAACGGUUCUUUCCCGCCACUGCAGCUUUCAAGUUGUUUUCCUUUAAGAAGGACAAUGUUUAAGCAUUUGGGAGGCUAAGCCAGAAAGGAAACUACUUAAACGUUCAAGGUAUAUAUAUAUAUCUAUAUAUAUAGAUAUAUAGAUAUACACAUGCAGAGGCAUCCACCUCCCUAGAAGAUGGAUCUUUUGGCAGUGUUGUUCCCUUUUGGCAGGCAAGGAGUCAAGGCUCCUCCUGCUCCUCCUCCUCCUUUUUUUAGGUUUUAAAAUCAGACUCUUGCUUAAACAGGUUGAAGGUUUUUUAUUAAUUUAAAAAUAAAAAAUCACUUUUUUAA